UAAAUAUUAACUCUGAUCAGUUUUAACUCAGACGCUGUUGAGGCUGGACGUUUAAGCUGCUACGAGUGCUUGGGAGAGAAAACUCGAUUUGUGUGAACGGCGCGCGUUAUAAUUAGUGCUCAUUUGCAUACGGAAUAAAAAAAACAAAUCAAAACAAAACGAAUAUGUUGCGAUUACAAUCAAUGUUGUUAUUAACCCUAUUUGUGGCCAUUAUUGGAAUGGGGAUAGCCCAGAUUGCUUUUGUGGAGGACGCGGAUAUUGAUAAGAAGAAAUCAAAUUUGGCGGGCCGUAAACCGCUUUAUACGCCCGCACGCUGCCCGCACUACCAAUUGCUUUACCCAGGUGAUCAGCCUAAUGACUGGAUAUGUGAUUGCGCGCCAGCUACUUUAUUUUAUCCGGAUACGGACGCUUGCUAUCCGGCUUAUAGACAAGGCCCCUGUGAGCAAGGACAAAUGCUGGUGCUGUAUCAGGAGCAAAUUAUACCCGAAUGCGUAAGCAAUCCUUGUCGUCAGGAUGGAUAUUUCAUGAUCAAGGACAGGUGCUAUCAGUUUGGCAAUAGCAGCAGCAAUUACAAUCCCUGCCCCAACAAGGACUAUACAUUCGUGCUAGGCGUUAAUCCCAAGACCCUAAUGGUGGACUGUGUGCAGCUAUCUAUGGCUUUGGAAACACGAUUCGGACAAACGCCAAACGUAGCGCCAGUUGCACCGCCAGAGUAUCACAUUGAAUUGGCUGAAAAAUGUGCUCGCGGCAGUAAAUUAUCUGCUCAGGGAAAAUGCGUGCCUGCCAAAUAAAAGUGGGUCAAGUGUGCAGGCAAAAAUGAAUUUCAACUUAUUUACUUAUUUACAAACAAUAACAAUUGAAUUAUAAAA